AUGGCUGCCACUCAAACUAUCACAGUCCCCCACCUGGGCGGCAUCAAGGUCGGAUACGCCUUCGCUAAGAACCAAUACGAUCCUUCCAAGCCGACGUGCGUGCUCAUUAAUUCGAUGUGCAUGACCGUGUCUCUCUACCAUGAACAGUUCAACAACGAAGCUCUGAAUGAUGCCAUGAACCUCCUGGCCAUCGAGCCUUUAGGCCAUGGCUCGACCAGUUCUCCCUCUGAACAUUUUACAUAUUGGGAUUCCGCCCACAUGGCCUUGCAGGUUAUGGACCACUUUGGGAUUCAGAAAUCCUUCGCCCUAGGCACAAGCCAGGGUGGGUGGAUCGUGACUAGGAUGGCCCUUCUAGCCCCGGACCGAAUCCUCGGUCUCAUGCCUCUCGGAACCUCCAUGGAUUAUGAAUCUGAGGAGUCCCGGUCCAAGGGCUGUUGGGACCCUGCUGCCAAUCUCACGGUAUUUUAUGAGAAAUGGACUAGCCCCUCGGCUACGCCCGAUUUCGUUGUGGAUGAUGUCUGGUGUGGAUUGGUGGGCGGUAUUGGCUUUGGUGCCGCUGCCACCGCCGAGAGGUCUGCGUUCUGGACUCAGACCUUGAAGGACGUAUAUAAGGGUGAUGAGGGCCGGAAAAAGGUCCGGAUGGCGCUCAAUUGCCUACUGGAGAGGGACGGGCUGCUUCUCCGGAUCGGGGAUAUCAAAUGUCCUGUUCAUUGGCUACAGGGUACCGAAGAUGUUCCGUUUGGGACGAUCGUGCCUCCGGAGCACAUUAAACGUUUCACUUCUUCUGUGGAUGCUAAACUUGUGAUGAUUGAGGGGGUGCGCAUUAUCUGA